GUCAUUUACUCCUCUUUCUCCUCCUCCUUUCCUUCUAUGUAGUCAGAGUCUUCCUCUGGGGCCUUCUCUUAUCAUUUUCUUCGUCUUUAUUUCUUGUUUUGUCCUCUAGGUAUCCAGCAUGGACUAUGACCAAAGCACCAGUGGCCAGCCUGAACAGCAACAAUCAUCUUCCGCAAACAACUCUGAAGAUCUGCCUUCUCAGAAUGGCUUCGGGAGAGCAAGCGAGACACUGUUUCCUCAGUCCGCUGAGAACACAGCCCAGGCUCAGCCUGAAAUAAAGCUCUGUGAUAUAUCUGAGGAGCUGAGCCAACAGCUGGAGGACAUUAUUAAAACCUAUGGGUCAGCUGCCUGUUUGGUGGAGGAAGGGAAUACAAAAGCAACAGAUGGAGCUGAGAAAGGAGAAUUGUUCAGUCCCGAAGAUGGGGACUAUGAGGAUGGCGGCCAUGAUGAGGCUGAAAAAGAGCAGGUCCCUUUGGGGGAUGCCUCCGGAUUGAAGGAGGCCAGUAUUCCGAAAGAACAAAAACUGGAAAAGAAAAUCCUGAAAGGAUUAGGAAAAGAGGCUACCCUGCUGAUACAACAUCUGACCAAGCUGAAUACAUCAGAAGAGAAAUUGGAGCUCUUAUUUAAGAAGUAUGCUGAACUGCUGGAAGAACAUCGUUCUGAACAAAAAAAGUUGAAGAAUCUGCAGAAAAAACAGGCCCAGCUCAUGAAGGAGAAAGACCAAUUACAGAGUGAACACAGCAGAGCCAUUCUAGCCCGGAGCAAAUUGGAGAGCCUUUGUAGGGAACUCCAAAGACACAACAAAACCCUGAAGGAGGAGACCCUUCAGCGAGCAAGAGAAGAGGAAGAAAAGAGGAAGGAGAUCACGAAUCAUUUCCAGAGCACGCUGAACGAUAUCCAGGCACAGAUUGAGCAGCAAAGUGAGAGGAACAUGAAGUUGUGCCAGGAAAAUACUGAGCUGGCUGAGAAACUGAAAAGCAUCAUUGAUCAGUAUGAAGUCAGAGAAGAGCAUCUUGAUAAAAUAUUUAAGCACAGGGAACUUCAGCAGAAACUGGUAGAUGCCAAGUUGGAACAGUCACAAGAGGUCAUGAAGGAAGCUGAAGACAGGCAUCAGCGAGAAAAGGAAUAUCUACUCAACCAAGCUGCAGAAUGGAAACUACAGGCAAAAAUGCUGAAGGAACAAGAGACCGUUCUCCGGGCUCAGCUGACUCUCUAUUCUGAACGUUUUGAAGAAUUUCAGAAAACGCUAACAAAAAGCAAUGAAGUGUUCGCCAACUUCAAGCAAGAAAUGGACAAGAUGACAAAGAAAAUGAAAAAACUAGAAAAGGAUACAGCCACAUGGAAAGCAAGGUUUGAGAACUGUAACAAAGCUUUACUGGACAUGAUUGAAGAGAAAGCCAUGAGGGCCAAGGAAUACGAAUGCUUUGUAGUGAAAAUUCAAAGACUAGAAAAUCUUUGCAGAGCUCUGCAGGAAGAACGGAGCGUAUUGUAUAAAAAAAUAAAAGAAGCACAAUUCCCUGAAGAGAACAAAGAAGAGGAGGCAGAAGAAGAGGAGGCAAAAGAAGAGGAGGAGGAAGAACAGCAAGCUGGAAUGGAGGAUAGUCUGGAGAAUAUGACUACAGUUACAAGUCAGGCUACUGAUGAGCCAUCUGCCACCAGUGAAAUUAUCCCAAAAGAUUUGGCUGCAGCUUUCAUGGUAACUCAUGUGAAUAUGGCUGUGAUCCCAACCAAUGAAGAAAAAGUAGAAGUACACAAUCCCAAAGUGUGUGAUCCAAUUUGUCCUCCUGAGAUGAUAUUGGCUUCUUGCAAGCCACAGAGCAACCAGGAUUGCUGUAUUGAUCCAACAUCCAUGCCCAAAGCAGAGGAACCAGAGGGGGACACAGUAAAACUUGAUCCAGAUCAUCCAGUGUUGAACCUUUCAAAUACUGACAUGGAAGGUGUUGAUUAGCACAAUAUCAUGCAUUUCCCCCCAAAAUGACAUUCUCCAACCCUUUUUCCGAAACAUUUCUGUUUUUCAUAAUAAGACAGCUUUACAAGUGUUUUCAAACCUGCUUCAAUUUCAUAGAAUACACGCUGUUGUAUCCCAUGAUUACUGGUAGUGUUUGAAUUUGCUUUAUUUCUCAUUCAGGUAAAGCCAAGAGCUUCUCUAUCAUUUAGUAGAAAUUAUUAAAUUAAAUUAAAUUAAAAAUUAAAAGUUGUCAUUUCCACUGGAUUUUUAAAAAAUGGAUAAGUCCCCCUAUGGAAGCCUACUCUCAAAAUGCUCCAAAUAAACUCAAUGAAUAAAUAGUUGGGAAAGGGAGGAACUAAGUGUGCUUGAGACAGGAAAAGCUCGCAAGCCUUUGGGAUACAAUUAAAAUGAAUUAAAAGUAGUAAAAUAUAAUGCCAGAGAAGCAAGCCCUAAACUACUGAUUCAGUCACUAUUUCUGUUUUGUUAUUUUCAAACAAAUUUGCUUAGUUAAAUUGAGUUUAAAUCUUUGAUUUCAUUCUCUUUAAAUUUGUCAAUCUUACUUAUUUGAUCUGUUCAGGGAUUGGGAUACCAAUCUAUCAGCAAUCUAUUAAGUGGUGAAGUAUAAACCAAAAAAAUCAUGUGGAAUAUAAGCCAAAACAAUCAUAGGAUUGCUGAUAAUAGGGUUCAUGUAUUAUGUAAAUUAGUAAGGCUAGAAUUUAAAGUUCAAACAUUUCAGGCUUAGAUCGGAUAUCAUUAAAAAGAGAUAUUUUCAAAUAUUUGUGCUGCUAAAGCCUGAACUCCUUUUUACUACUACUAGUACUUCAAACAUAAGGCACCUUGACCUAAUUACCUAACAGUACUUCGCCUUAUAAUUUUCUGCUACUUUCAUCAUAGUUCAGUCUUUGGGAAUGUUCUGGAUUUCUGAAAACAAAUGCUUGUUUUAAAUUUAUAUGCCUUAAGCUGAGAUCUUGUAUGGAGUGAUCUGUCAUAAGCUUUCUGAUAUAGAAUGUCGGUGUUCUUAAUGCUGAUCCAUGUCCAAGUUUAGAAUCGCUGUAUUUACAUUUAAGAUUACAUCUUUAGUCAUAAAAUCUGACUUGAAAAUUAAACUAAAUUUGGAAAUCUUUCAAGAUCCAGUACCAUAACAGGUAAGCCUCAAACCUGGGAGUGGCACUUAAUUUUUGCUUUCAAAAAUUAGCUGUUCCUUUUGCAAUCAAUUCUUUUGGUGUUAUAAAAUAUGCAAAAUUGCACGCCUCUAUUCCUAUAUUCUACCCCAGCAGCCCCCUAACUUCUUGGCACCAGGCGACUGAUUUCAUGGAAGACAAUUUUUUCAUGGACUGGGGGUGGAGAUGGAAAUGAUUUCGAUUUCACUCGCUCGCCCGCCACCCACCUCCAGUUGUGCGGGCCAGUUCCUAACCAGCCAUGGACAGGUACUGGUCCACAGCUCGAGGUUCUGCAUUCAUAUUUUAUAUUACAAUUAAUGCAUCUGUCUUAUUUUUAAAAUUGUCAUUAUUCAAACAUGUAUGACCAUAAUCUAGUACCUGAGUUUGUCAUUCUAGCCUAACAAUGCCCUGAAUUAAACAA